CUCUCUCCCAGUUCCAAAACUCACUUCUUCCCUUCUCUAUACUCUUCCUUUUCCUCCGCCGCCAUCAUGAAGAACUUCUUACCAGCGUCAAUCAUCGUCGCAGUCAGGCCCUCUGGGACGCCGUGGUUGGUCUCCAUGAAGAACCCUCAGUUGGGACAGACGGCUGUGAGGUCGCGAUGAUCUCAGAGCGACAUUCGGGAGAGGAAGAGAGGAGCAACAAAAAGACAAUGGUGGGAAUCAUCCACAUGCAACAGAUCCAUAUCCCUCUUCCGUCCAUCUCAUCGCCGGAUCUGAAUAAUCCCGAAACAGAUACAGGAGAGAGCAACAAGGGAGGGAAGAGGAAACCACACGAUGCGGUGGCGGCCAGGGUAAAUUGGGGUCGACCCUCCCUCUGUCCCUCACUCAUCUCCCAACCGGCCAACGACGAAGUGGCGCUUCCUCUUCCCCAGCCGCCGGUGACGAGUCGUCUCCUCCCUCCUCUGCUCAAGCUCUCCCUUUCCUCUUCUCUCCUUCACACCAUAGGAGUCGCCGUGGUCGUUGGAAGAGACAUCGGAGCUGCCGGAGCCGUCGAAUCUGCUACUCUGCCUCGAAAGUUUUUCUAGUCGCAGAGAGGAGAGGAAUCCUUGACGGUUGUCGGAUAAUCAGAAUAGUAAUCGUUACCGGCAAGCCGGUUAGUCGUUAUACCGGAAGUUACUCGAUACCGCUUGUCGGCCGCAGAUUUGGGCAUCUCGGUAUACCGAUAACCGGUUACUCAGUAACCGGUUAUACCGGUAUCGACCGAUUAGCAGCCUUGCCCUUUGGUUAUGUAGGUAAGAAGAGGGAAUUAAAUUAAAUUCUUACC